AUGUCAAAGUUGCACAACGCUGCUUGUCUUACAGCAAUAGAUGCAGGCUCUGCUUUUCAGGUUUUGAUCUCCGCUCGACAUCCAGCCAGGAGAUUGAGAAGUGGUAAACGUCCAAUGUCGGGACGGGGAUCGGGGUUGCGCUUCAUCAUCGUUGAUCCGGCCUCAGAUCCGAGCCACUCAGGUGUUAUUCGGGAAGUGAGGUCGCAUGCUGGAAGAUGGACUUGGCAACAGGGUAGAAGGAGUCAGCCGGAAACUGCAGAUGGUAUUGGUUCAGAUGGCGACGACACUGCACAUAGAGACCUUGACAACCUGGGUCAAUUGGUGUUAACUCACCAAACCCCUCCAGCCCCCACGCCAGCCAAUCGUCCUUGCCCUAGCACCUUGGACCCCUUCCAAACCUAUGUGUCUGCGCCGAUAUCUAUAGAGACUGUCAGUGUCAGCAACAAGUAUUCUCUCUCAGUCCUCUGGCCUGGACUCAUGCCCAGUCAACCAGGAAGUAUCCAUCCUGGUGUCCAAGCCUGGUUCUCUAAUUCUCGCUCUCAUCCUGCCCUGCACAGCUCCAUGCUAUUUGGAUCUCUUUCCCAUCGAAGAACUCGUGUUUCAAAGAGCCAGCGACAGCUCAGUGCUACAGACUCAAAGACCAUGGUCUUGUCACAGAUCGAUUCCAUCUCCAAAAUCAACACGGCCCUCCAGGACCCUUCUCUAGCGGUGACAGAUGAGAUCAUUCUGUCAGUACUUUGUUUAGCCACAAACGACAGCCCUGAUUUGCGAGACAUCAAACAUUCGCCGUUUCAGCCUACUUUGCGUAGCCUGCAGUGGCUUGACAUUUAUGCACGGCUGUCUCCGAACCCAAUACAUCAGGCGGGACUACUCAGGCUCGUGGAGCUGAGAGGCGGGCUGUAUAAGUUAAAGCUGCCUGGUCUGGCAGCCGUAAUAUCAUUCUCGGGAAUCUUAUCCGCAAGCCGAAGCUUAUCGCGCCCGAUCUUUCCUUUUGUUCCUUUACAAAGUGUAGCACCGCCGACGCUACAGGACACGAUCAACAUUCAGGAACAUAUCAUCGACUCCGGACGCGACAUUCUGCUUAGCCUGCAGGUAACGGAGGAGAUGCACAGCGUCUUCUGCGCUGCACGCGUAUACGUAUCCAUUGUCGAUGCUUACCAGCAAGGCUCUGCCCUGGCGAUGCAUAGCGCGGCCAUCUGCGACCAUCGCAACCUCCUUCAAUGGCAGAUCAUGUCGCUGCCUCCUGUGAAUGAGCUUGGUUCUGUCAUUGAUGUUCUCGGCCCAAUGUACGAACCUUGCCGCCUCGCAUUGAUUAUUCUUGGUGUCGGUGUUGUAUUCCCACUUCCAGCCGAGACUUCCCCGCUGGUUGAAGCCUCAAGGAUGCUGCAGAUUGCGCUGCAAGCAUACAGCUACAGUACCCCAAGUUUAGGUUCCCAGUCAACUGUGGCAAGUUUGGAAGUCCUCAGGGUAUACUGUUGGUGUGUGGUCCUCGGCGGAAUUGCAUCAACCGGAUCCCAUGAAAGAGUCUGGUUCGUCCAUGAGCUGAGACAGGUUGCUGCCGCUAUCCCAGUCUCCAGUUGGAGCGAACUUCACUUCGUUCUGAGGUCAAUUCUGUGGUUUGACGAGGCCUGUUCGUCGGCGGGGAAGGAGCUUUUCAUGGAAGCGACGCACUAUUUGAAUAACAGCGAAUCCUGA